UACUUGUUUCUCUCCUCCGAUCCUCUCCUGUUUCCUGUAUCCCCUCUCUUUCUCUCUCCACCGUCCACUCCCUUCAGCCAUCUUAUACUCUCUCUCUCUCUUUCUCUCUCUAUGAAAGCAAACUAUUCCCACACUUACUUUAUUCAUCACCAUGGCUGACCCUUACUCUCAUCUUUUCUCUUCUCCCCCUUUCUUCCAAUUCAACCCUUUCCCUUCUUCCAAUCCUUCUUCUCACCACCAUCCCUAUGCUCUCCACAACUUCAUCAACCACCCCACUGCCUCCUCCUCCGGCGGCUUUUUCCACCACCACCACGCCGCUUCUUAUUCCUCUAAUAUCCCUUCGCCACCGUCUCCUCCUCUCAGAGAAGCUCUUCCUCUUCUGAGCCUCAGCCCGUCGACCAAGCAAGAGCAAGAUGGUCAUCAUCAUCAAGACUAUUUGGAUGCCAAGGCCGACGACAGGAUCAUUCUCCACAGUGCUAAACCCAAAGAGGAAGAAGAAGACGAAGAGGAGGACGAUGAAGCCACUGUCACUGUUGCACUCCACAUAGGGUUGCCCAGCCCUAGUGCUGCUGAGAUGGCUUCUGUGCUCUCCUCCUGCAACGAUAAAGAACAAGAAGGAGCAGGAGAUGGCGGAGGAGGAGGAGGAGGAGGCGGCGGCGGCGGCGGAGAUCAUGAGGAUUGUUGUUCUGGGUCUGGCUUCAUGCUCCACAAUAAGCUCAACAAGGGACAGUACUGGAUCCCUACUCCUUCUCAGAUUCUCAUUGGUCCUACCCAGUUCUCUUGCCCUGUUUGCUUCAAGACCUUCAACAGAUACAACAACAUGCAGAUGCAUAUGUGGGGGCAUGGAUCACAGUACAGAAAAGGGCCUGAAUCACUGAGAGGAACACAACCAACGGGCAUGCUGAGGCUUCCAUGCUAUUGUUGCGCUCCAGGUUGCAGAAACAACAUCGAUCAUCCAAGAGCGAAGCCACUGAAGGAUUUUAGAACGCUUCAAACACAUUACAAGAGGAAGCAUGGGAUCAAGCCCUUCAUGUGUAGAAAAUGUGGGAAGGCUUUUGCUGUGAGAGGCGAUUGGAGAACUCACGAGAAGAACUGUGGCAAGCUCUGGUAUUGUAUCUGCGGCUCUGAUUUUAAGCACAAGAGGUCUCUUAAGGAUCACAUCAAAGCCUUUGGGGUUGGCCAUGCUGCUUAUGGAAUCGAUGGGUUUGAAGAAGAAGAAGACCCUGCGUCCGAAGUUGAGCAAGAUAACGAGUCCACCCAGUAAAACAACUACACAAUGGGAUUAAUUUAUAUUUUAUAUAUGAGGACUAUGUAUCUUAGCUUAUGAUGAUGAACGGAUCAUUAACUAGGAUAAUAUAAGCAUUAAGUUUAAAUGGAAGCCAACUAUCUUCUGGUUUA